AUGGAUGCCAACGUAGUCCGCCCGGCCAUCACCGAGGCCUUGAAGACUGACUUCACGAAGACUGUCCACAAGGCUGUCUACCCCGCCAUCUCCCCGGACCGCCCGGAGCUCAGCCAGGCCGGCAAAACCUUCCUCAUCACAGGCGGUGGCAGCGGUCUCGGCUUCGAGAUCGCCAGGACCUUCGUGUCCGCCCACGCCGCUCGCGUCAUCAUCGCCGGCCGCCGCGCCGACGGGCUGGCAAAGGCUCGCAGGAAGCUCGAGGCUGAGGCCCAGAAGCUCUCGUCCCCUACCGUGAUUGUCGACAAGCCCUGCGACAUCGCCUGCGACGCCGAGGUCGACGCGCUCUGGACUGAGGCCGGUCAAGUCGACGUGCUGGUGCUCAAUGCGGCCAAGUUCCAGACCGAUGUCAACACGCUCGCUGACCUGGGCAUUGCCGAGACGUGGGCAACCUUUGAGGUCAACGUCAGGGCGACCCUGUACAUGGCCGAGAGGUUCCAUAAGCAGAGGACGUCCGAUGGGAAGCCAAUCCUUACCAAAUAUCUCAUCAACGUGUCGACGGCCGCCAUCCACCAGCUCGAUCCCACCCGCUACCCACGCUCGAUGCAGCUGCCCAGCUACUCCCUAACCAAGAACGCCGGCACGCUGUCCAUGCAGCUCUUCGCAGAGGGCGUCGACCCGGCCGAGACCCAAAUCGUGAGUUUUCACCCGGGUUUUCUCUUCACUGAGGUCUGGGCCGGCUACGGCGUCAGAAAGGCCGAGCUGCCCUUUGACGAUAUCGAGCUCCCCUCCGCCUUUGCCGUCUGGGCCGCCUCCUCCCAGGCCAAAUUCCUGCACGGUCGCUUUGUCUGGGCGCACUGGGACGUCGAGGAGCUGGCGUCAGGCGAGAUUAGGGGGAAGAUUGACGCGGACCACAUGCUCUUGAGGCUUGGGCAUGUUGGAAUCUAG